AUGCGCACCUCUCGCACGGCUAAGGAGACGGCCAAAGUUCUACAGGCUUUGUCGCCCCCUGCCCGUCGUCAAACGCGCAGCACGUCUCAUUCCGCCUUGCUCCAGGGUUUCGCGUAUGAUGGGAGUUUAAAUGGAGCCAAUGAGCUCCUCAAAAAAGAUGAUGACAGUUCUUCCCUUUCUUCGAUUGACACCGUCGACAUUGAAGAUAUUUUGGAUGAACGGUCAGCAAAACGACGCAAGACAAAAGCAAGUGCUGCUGCCGAGGCAACCGCGAGUACCUCAGUGAGAGAAUCCGAAAGGAAGGUCGAAAAGCUCAUCAAGAAGGAGAGCGCUCUUCCUAAAGCUCGUCGGGUCCCUGCAAGAAAGAUCAAAAGUGAAGAUGGGACUGUCACCGUGGAAGCUCCGUCAAACUGGGACACCAUCUACUCAAUUGUGAAGAAGAUGCGCGAAGCCAAUCCGACGGCGCCUGUAGAUACGAUGGGCUGUGCAGAGCUCUACUGGCGGGCUUCUUCUCAACGGGAUAAACGCUUCCAGACUCUGAUUGCGUUGAUGUUGUCCUCCCAGACCAAAGACACAGUCACCGCCGUGGCGAUGCAGCGUUUGCAUACUGAGCUGGGCGAAGCUGGUGCUCCCGCUAUCAAGGUCGAAGCGGAAUUCGGCGAAUUAGCUGUCAAGCAAGAAGUAGGAGAUGGUGAGCCAGCUAUCAAGCAGGAAGUGGCAAAUGGUGUACCACCAGCCCAGCCUCUUCACGAUAGCACAUUGAACUUGGAGAAUAUUCUUGCUGUCUCUCCAGAACGGCUCAACUCGAUUAUUGGCGCCGUCGGUUUCCACAAUAACAAGACCAAGUAUAUCAAGAAAACCGCCGAGAUUAUCCGUGACCAGUACAACUCCGACAUCCCUUCGACCCCCGCGGAGCUGAUGAAGCUACCCGGUGUCGGUCCGAAAAUGGCGUUUCUGUGUAUGAGCGCUGCUUGGGGAAAACAUGAGGGAAUCGGUGUUGAUGUGCACGUUCAUCGAAUAACUAAUCUUUGGGGUUGGCAUAAAACCAAAACACCGGAAGAGACUCGCAUGGCGUUGGAAUCGUGGCUACCCAAAGACAGAUGGCACGAGAUUAAUAAACUGCUUGUAGGAUUGGGUCAGACGGUCUGCUUACCAGUGGGCCGGAGAUGUGGUGACUGUGACCUCGCAGGGACAAAGCUCUGCAAGAGUGAAAUCAAAGGCAUGGUCCCCAAAAACAGCAGUCGAGGCCUGCCUAAGAAGGAGGAAAUUCACACUGAAACCUUCUCAUUAACUGGAGAGCCGAAAAUCAAAAUCGAGGCGGAGUAG